CUCACCGCCUCACAAGAUCGAAUCACAAAAAUCGCGGGCGGAACGCACGACUCCUCUCGCUUCGUCUCCUGCGACGCGGCUUCGCUUCUGAAUUCUCAUUUCUCAAUUCGCGCGCCCUUCAACUCGGACGGUUAGAUUAGUUGCUUGCUGCUGUGGUGGUGCUGGUGAAUAUCGGUCGGUGGGUGCGAUCUAUGGGGAACCACAAGAAGUUGCUGCAGUUUCUGCGGCCGGACCUGGAGGUGGCGGCGUCCAGGUCAUCGGACGACGACGACGGCUACGGCUACGCAUACUCGCCGCCGACCACGCCAAGCACCAGCGCCAGCGCGGUCACCUCGGCGGCGGCGUCGCCGUGGACGCUGCUCCCGGGGCUCGUCGCCGGCGGCGGCCCCGGCGGCGAGGAGGAGAAGACGGGGCUCCUGGGCUCGCUCGUCAAGGAGGACGGGCACGUGUACUCGCUGGCCGCGGCGGGGGAUCUGCUCUACACGGGCACGGACUCCAAGAACGUGCGGGUGUGGCGGGACCAGCGGGAGCUCGGCGGGUUCCGGUCGGGGAGCGGGCUCGUGAAGGCCAUCGUGGUCGCCGGGGACGGGAGGAUCUACACGGGACACCAGGACGGGAAGGUGCGGGUGUGGCGCGCGUCCGAGGAGGACACCGCCGUGCACCGGCGGGUCGGGUCGCUCCCGCGGCUCAGGGACGUGGUGACGAGCUCGCUGUGGCCGUCGCACUACGUCGAGACGCGCCGGAAGCACAACGCCCUGUGGCUGCGGCACUUCGACGCCGUGUCGUGCCUGAGCCUGGACGCCGCGGCGGGGCUCAUCUACUCGGGGUCGUGGGACAAGACGUUCAAGGUGUGGCGGGUGUCGGACUCGCGGUGCCUCGAGUCUGUGCGCGCCCACGACGACGCUGUGAACACGGUGGCGGCCGCAGGGUUCGACGCGAUGGUGUUCACGGGAUCCGCGGACGGGACGGUCAAGGUGUGGCGGCGGGAGGCCGGCGGGAAGAAGUGCACGAGACACGCCAUGGAGCGGGUGCUGCGGAAGGGCGAGAGCGCGGUCACCGCCAUCGCCGUGGCGGCCGAGGCGCGCGUGGUGUACGUCGCCUCGUCGGACGGCGCCGUCAGCCACUGGCAGUGGCGGCGCGGCUCGGGCUCUCCGAGAAACGGCGGCGCGCUGCGAGGCCACAAGAUGGCCGUGCUCUGCCUCGCGGUGGCCGGUCGCGUCGUCGUGAGCGGCUCGGCGGACCGCACGGUCUCCGUGUGGCGCCGCGAGGAAGGCGCCGACCACGCGCGCCUCGCCGUACUCACGAGCCACACGGGCCCCGUCAAGUGCGUAGCCAUGGACGAGGAGGACGACGCGGGGAGGGGCUGCCGCCGGUGGGUGGUGUACAGCGGCAGCCUCGACGGGUCCGUCAAGGUGUGGCGCGUGUCGGACAGCUCGCCCGACCUGACACCCGCGCGGACGCCGGCGCACGUGUGGAAGGGCGCGCCGUCGCCGCCGUACGCGGCGCCGGAGCCGAAGCGCAUGGCAGCGGCGUGAACGAAAAACGCCGCGCGCGCGCGCGCACGUGCGAGAGAGUAGAAUAGCGUAGGUUGUACACGUCGACGAUGUGCGUAGCAAAUGGAUAUUUUAUACGCCGUAUAUGUGCGUAUGGCGUAGGGUAUUUAUUUUGUUUGUUGUGCUUCUUGCUUGGCCGCUCAAAUAGACGGCUGGAUGUGGACUUGUGGCUGAAAUAGACGAUUGGGAACUUCCAACCACGCACGAAAAUGAAACUAUUAGAUGGAGAAAAUUGGGGAGAUUUUAGUUGGGAGAUGUGAACUUUUUGUGGUUUUGGACUUUUGGUUCGUGUUUGCUUUGUAAGAAAAGUUGUACAGAUUGUUUUUGCUUGUGAGCAAAGUAAAGAAGGAAAAAAUGGUGAAGGUUUGAUCUCA